UAGAUUAAGAAAUGGUAAGUUAUCGUGUCUCGGAGGGAAUCAACCACCGUCAGUCAGUGCGUCCUGUUGCCUCCUCACACCAGUACGUCUCUACUCUACCGUCGUGGAACAAAUUUGAUUCACCAAAAUGGCAACACGUUGGGGUAUAGUGAGUGCAGGUCUGAUCUCUAAUGACUUCGUGGGGGCACUGAAGGCUUUACCUGAAGGAGAACAUCGCGUUGUGGCCGUGGCUGCUCGCUCACUUGAGAGUGCCAAAAAAUUUGCUUCUAAGUAUGGAGUAGAGAAAGCUUAUGGUUCAUAUGAUGAACUUGCACGAGAUCCUAAUGUUGAGGUGGUAUAUAUAGGCACAAUCCAGACACAGCAUCUUCCUGUUGCUUCCCUCAUGAUCCAGGCUGGGAAACAUGUGCUGUGUGAGAAGCCCCUGUGUAUGAAUGUGAAGGAGGUAAAACAGCUCAUUCAGCUUGCCAAGGAGAAGAAGGUCUUCCUUAUGGAAGCAGUGUGGUCGAGGUUUUUCCCCGUUUACCAGGAAUUGACCCGAAGGAUCCAGUCUGGAGAGAUUGGAGAUGUAGUGCAGGUCAUCUGCUCCUUUGGAAAGUCUAUUGAAGACGUAACAAGGAUGGUGAGGAGGGAGACUGGUGGAGGGGCCACACUGGACCUUGGGCUAUACACAGUGCAGUUUACCACUCUGGUUAUGGGUGGAGACAAGCCACAAAAAGUACUUGCUUGUGGACAUUUGAAUGACAAUGGCGUGGAUGAGACGAUAAGUACCUCUCUGGUGUACUCUGGGAGGAGAGUAGCUUCUCUGAGUAGCACCAUUAGAGGAGAUUUGCCCUCAGAGGGAUUUGUUAUUGGCACCAAGGGUACAAUCAAGGUUAAUUAUCCCAUGUGGGCUCCAGAAAGUUUGGAAUCCUCCUCCGGGAAGUAUGAGUCACUGUUACCCAAGACAGGCCAUAUUUUCAACUUUGAGAACAGUCAGGGACUUAUGUAUGAAGCAGUUGAGGUUCGGCGCUGCCUAAAUGAAGGUUUACUGGAGAGCCCUGUGAUGACCCACAAGGAGUCUCUUACCAAUGCUGAGGUUAUGGAGAAGAUGAGAACCCAGGUUGGAGUUAAAUUUGAUCAGGAUGACUAGGUGAUGCAACUUUAUCAUUGUAGCUAAAGAUUACAGCAAUGUGUCAUUUCAACUUUCAAAAUAUUUUCUGUAUAUUUUGUUUUAGAAGCUGAAUCACCAGUUGUGUUAUUGUACAGUUACUUCAUUGCAGCUAGAGAACCCACUGUCAUCUAAGUACAGUACAGUGGUUAGAGAUAACAAGAGUCAUUAUUGUGGAAGGUUGAAAAGCACUUGUCCUUCAGUAUAGCUAUUUGUUAUUGUGGCAUCUUUACAAACCAACCAUAACUUAGCAUGGCAUUUAAGGAGUCAGUUGGCUAACUAUAUAAUGACUGUAGCUGGUGAACCACCAUGUGUGUCAAUUGUAUGCUUAGUCUAAGAUGCAUUUCAGCAGCACCCAUAGAAGUAAACUGCUUGCUUCAGAAUCUGUAAGUCAUAUAUGGAUUAUGUUAAAAUACUUUCAGAAGUCAGAUGCUUAUGCUUUAUUUUUCUACUUUUAUUUUCUGUGUAGAAAUAGGGUACAGUACAGUAGUGGUAAUGAAAUUAUUCUCUGAAAAACUUGGCUCAUGUACAGUAUCUGUUAUUAGAACUGUCAUAAACACACACUGCUUUGAAUUUAUAGCGUACAGUAUUGUCUUUUGUUCCUUAUUUUUGGUUUAUAAAUGCCAACGAAGGAAGAACACUUUGUAUUUUUGUCAGAAAAUGGUAUGGCAUCAUUGAAAUAAAGUUGAUAUCAAUAACA